AUACCACAAUUCUUUGCGCGCCUAGGUUCACACUGUUGACCAAAAUGGCGGACUCGGUGCCGGAAAUUGUAGAGGGCUGUCGUCUUCCCGUGCUCAGAAAAAAUCAAGAAAACGAAGACGAGUGGCCAUUGGCGGAAAUUCUCAGUGUCAAAGAGGUCCCUGGGAAAAAGCUCUACUAUGUUCACUACAUUGACUUCAACAAGCGGUUGGACGAGUGGGUCACUCCAGACCGGCUGGACAUGAAAAAGCUCCAGUUCCCUAAGAAGGAGGCGAAGACACCCACGAAGAACGGCCUACCUGGAUCUCGGCCCAGCUCGCCAGAGCGAGAUGUGAGGAAGAGUCUAGAUCUCAACGUUCAAUCUGCUUCAGCACCUUCCAGAGGCAAAACCCUACCCACACCGAAGAGGAAAGCAGAGUCAGUCUCCUUAGCAUCGCAAGUUACUGCCGCGACAUCAGUGCCUUCACUUCCAAGUUCAACAGAGGUCUCACAGGCAUCUGUGUAUCCCACAGUCCGGGAAACUUUCAGUACCAAAUCCAGAGAUGAGCACGAGCCGCUCAUCUCCCUCACCACGCAGAAUGGCACAGCGCGUCGUCUCAUUCCGUCUCAGCCUGGCAGGAAGAGGAAAAACUGUGGCACGGAUGAGAUGAUAAAGGUAUUCCAGUAUAACAGCCCUCGCAGCGCCAGUGGCUUUCUGCCGCCAGGAGAGGACUCGCAGGACAGCUCGGAUGGUAUCCCCUCUGCGCCACGCAUGACCGGGAGCCUGGUGUCCGACCGCAGCCAUGACGAUAUCAUCACGCGCAUGAAGAACAUCGACUGCAUUGAGCUAGGCCGCCAUCGACUCAAGCCCUGGUAUUUUUCCCCGUACCCGCAGGAGCUGACCACGCUGCCCAUCCUCUACCUCUGCGAGUUCUGCCUCAAGUACCUCAAGAGCCUAAAGUGUCUGCAGAGACAUUUGACAAAAUGCAAUCUCCGACAUCCUCCUGGAAAUGAAAUCUACCGCAAAGGGACUAUCUCCUUCUUUGAGAUUGACGGUAGGAAAAACAAGUCAUAUUCACAGAACUUGUGUUUAUUGGCAAAAUGCUUUCUGGACCAUAAGACCCUGUACUACGACACAGAUCCCUUCCUCUUCUAUGUAAUGACUGAGUAUGACUCCAAGGGCUUCCAUAUAGUUGGCUACUUUUCUAAGGAAAAAGAAUCGACUGAGGAUUAUAACGUAGCCUGUAUUCUGACUUUACCACCAUAUCAGAGGAGAGGCUACGGCAAACUGCUGAUCGAGUUCAGUUAUGAGCUUUCUAAGGUUGAAGGUAAGACGGGAACCCCGGAGAAGCCCCUGUCUGAUCUGGGCCUGCUAUCAUACCGCUCUUAUUGGUCUCAGACUAUUCUCGAGAUCCUCAUGGACCUUAAAUCAGAUAAUGGAGAAAGACCACAAAUCACCAUCAAUGAAAUUAGUGAGAUAACCAGUGUAAAGAAAGAGGAUGUAAUAUCAACUCUACAGUAUCUCAACCUCAUCAAUUACUACAAGGGGCAGUACAUUCUCACGCUCUCGGAGGACAUCGUAGAUGGUCAUGAACGUGCCAUGCAAAAGCGACACCUUCGUAUCGACCCUAAAUGCCUGCAUUUUACCCCGAAAGACUGGAGCAAAAGGGGCAAGUGGUAGAGAUUUGUGACCUCUGGGACUAAAGCUUGGAGAACUGCAAGGUUUAAUAGACUAAACUGCAGGAGUAAAUUUACCGGCCCUGAUUCACUUUUUGUUCUAAUCAGAGAUGACUUAAAGACAAAAAAAAAAAUACAAAAAAAAAUUGUUACUGCCCAUUAUUCUAGUGAUCGUACUUAUGUGAUCACCAUUCAUCAGAUUUGUCCUUGUGUACCCUUUUAUAAUUUUUCCUCAAAUUAGUGUUUGAGCAGAGAAAGUGGAUUCGCUGUUCUGAGGUGUUUCAGAUUCAUCCACCUUCUCACAGGUCGGUCCUAUCAUUCGUCCGUGCUUUGGGUCUUUAUGAAUUAAUUCACCAGGAAAAACACUUUCCCCCCUCCUAUGCACUCACAAGAGAGUGUCGAAUCAAAUGACUCAGUAACUUUUUUUUUUUUCUUCUUUUUUUUUUUUUUUUUUUUUACCUUUACCAGCACAGCCACCUGUGGAUUCUACGCACAAGCAACGUCAAGCUAAAGCUAACCUGAUGUUUGUUUUUUUAGUAUUUGUACAUAACAUACACCGUUCUCUUCUUUUGUAAAGGAUGUUUUUAAACUUGCAUCUCUGUGUAGGGGAAUUUAAAAAAAAAAAAAAAAAAACUGCAUGGGGGUGUCCGUAAAAAAUAAGCCAUGUCGAACUGUUACAAGAAUGUAAAUUUGGAUGCGUGUACAGCUGGGUUUUGUUUGUUUGUUUGUUUGUUUUUUUUAUAAUUUUUUUUUUAUUUUAAAUGGUUAAAAAAAAAACUGAAUGUAAACCGUGAAACACUCGUGGCAUAGUAUUUUAAUUUAAGGUAAAGUCUAUUUUCUGUAAAAUCUAGUCCAUGAUUAGAGAUCUGUAACAUGAAAGAUUUCUAUUCGUGUUUCUUCCCCGGUAAUAUUAACUAUAUUGAUUACAAGGAGUUAUUCCUGAGCAGUUUUUUUUUUUAAUGUCGUGUCAUCAGUGAAAUAUUCUGUUCUCACCUAUUUACACUUACACAGUUCACUCCCAUUGAAGUGUCAUGUAAAUUCUCUUUAUAGUCUUCAUUAAAUGCCACAAGGUGGAACCGCUUUUCAUUGGAACGUUUAUAUAGCUGUAAUUUGAUCACAUGUGAAAUACCUCUGAAUCUCAUUAGUUCAUUAUAAAUUUUUCAUCUUUAGUAGAUCAUAUUAGAGGUUGUGAGUCAUCCUUGAUGUCUUGGUUGUUCUGUAAUAACAAGCGUUGUGUUAGUGACGUUAGUCCUCUGUGACUUCUAAUAUGGCUUUACAGGUGCAAUUUUCAUUCUGUUAAAGGUGCAUUAUUCAGUCCCUCCAGGAUUUAGUGAUUUUGCUAUCGCGGAAAUUAAUGUAAAAUCAAGCAACCUCCGCAAUAUUCAGAGCUUGCAGUUUUUCAAAAUUACUGCAAAUUUUCAGCAGAUUUGGGCCAAGAUAUAAACACGGUUAUAUAUUAACCUACACUGACCUGAGAACAAUACCGAGAUGUAUUAACUUACACUGACCUGAGAACAGUACCGAGAUAUAUUGACCUACACUGACCUGAGAACAGUCCCGAGAUAUAUUGACCUACACUGACCUGAGAACAGUACUAAUAUAUAUUAACCUACACUGAGCUGAGGACAGUAUAGUAAUAUAUUAUUCUACACUGACCUGAGAACAGUACAGAGAUAUAUUGACCUACACUGACCUGAGAACAGUACAGUUAUAUAUUAACCUCCACUGACCUGAGAACAGUACCAAGAUUUAUUAACCUACACUGUUCUCAGGUCAGUGUAUGCUAAUACAUCACGGUACUGAUAACUGUUGACAAGUAAAACAAUCUGUUGUUGCUGAAAAUGUGUUUGGGGAAUCUCUGUGUGCAGUUCAUCUGUCUGAAAGUAUAAUAUCAACAGUACAAUAAAAGUCUGGGAACUGGUUACAAGUACAGGGUUAGCGAAGAUUACCAGCAUGUAAUGUUUGAAAACUGACUUUAUUUGUCGGAGCCCAUCACUGCUGUGGUAUAAGAUGAAUGAAACACUUCGGGACAU